GAGUCGCUUCGGAGUGACGCCCUCUUCCUUUUCCGGCUUGGGCUCGCGGCGUGUGUGGAGAAAUCUCCUGUUGCACCUGAUUUGAGGCAAAUAAAAGAAGCAUAAUGCAGAACGACGCUGGGGAGUUUGUAGAUCUCUACGUGCCUCGUAAAUGCUCUGCUAGCAAUCGGAUAAUUGGUGCUAAAGACCACGCUUCCAUCCAAAUCAAUGUUGCAGAAGUUGACAAAGCCACAGGCAGAGUGAAUGGCCAGUUCAAAGCCUAUGCCAUUUGCGGAGCAAUUCGUCGGAUGGGGGAGUCUGAUGACUCAAUUCUGCGACUGGCAAAAAAUGAUGGAAUUGUUUCCAAGAAUUUCUAACUGAAGAAACGUAAUAUGGGAUUUCUUAGAAAAUAAACCAUUGGAAAACAUGUGUUGUGCAGUGCGUCAUUUCAAGGCACAUAACAGGCAGAAUACUUUACAUGUGGAUAAUUUUUAAGUUCAAGGCAUUAUUGAUGUGCAUCGCUUUAAGAAUGCAAUCCUAUUCGUAAUUAACUUUAAAAUAAAUUCCAUUGAUUUCAGUGGCACUGAAGGCUGCCUAACUUUUCAGGCGGUGCAGCCUUCUGUAUAUCGCCUCUGCAGUAGGAAAUAAUUCCUUGAAUGGGGAAAAUGUGAACGGUUUAUGUUGUGGAAUAAACAGUAAUUAAUAAA